AUGGCUCUAAAGCAAUGUAAAGUCAAGAAUACUUCGAAGCCAGGAUUUUUCCUCGUUGGUUAUGCACUGAAAUCAUUCACAGCUGAAAGACUGGCAUUUUGCUACAGUACUUGUAACACGGAUCCGUCUUGUCAAAGUUUAAAUUAUAACCUCGCUUCAAAAACCUGCCAAUUGAAUUCAGAAUCAAGGAAAAGUCAGCCCAACAGUUUUCACGCGAGGGAGGGUUUUGUUUACUCUGAUAAUCCUGAUCGAGGAAAGAAAGGGUCCUUGCCUACGGUAACAGGCUUUUCAUGCAGAAAUAUCGACGAAAAUGGAGAUCUGGACUUUAGCGGCUUUUAUUGGAUACGACCGCCAGGGUCUCUUGUUAGCUUCCAAGGAUACUGUGACAAGUCAGCUGUUGGACAAUGGACCAAGGUAACUCCGCAAUGGAUCAAGCAAACUUAUAAAGAUGGAGUGACGCUGACCUACACAGAAGAAAAUGACGGGCUCGUCAUUUCAGGUCAGGUGACCAGAUAUGCGUGUGGUUCUGGUGAACCUCCCGGGGCUCUGACCCUGAUUAAAGGCUACUGGACUAGGAUAAAGUACACCCAAGAAUUCCGUGGAAAAGUUACGUGUUGGAGCAUAUUUGGAGAUAACAGGUAUGGUCGAACUUCAAUUGAAAACAAACCAACAGGUGUGCAUCCCUUUAAUUCCUCUGAAGGAGAUUCCAUCACAAGUGAAUACUUAAUGGGUGGAGUUUCCCACAUCUUUGAUGGUGAAACAACAAAAUGCGGCGGUGUAAACACAAACUUUUGGCAUAACAAUAACCCCAGUGUACGCUAUGCAACGGUGAUUCUCAGGAGAGAUCUGAGUGCAGAAAAUGCCGGUAUUUUUACCGGCACAUCGUGUGGCACACCAACCUACAAGAUCAAGGAUAUUUACGUAUACUUUUAA